AUGAAUAGUCAGUUUCUAGGAUCUAGAUCAUCAUUUAAAUACUUGUCAAAUAUACCAUCAAUAUCACAUGAAUCAUUACUUGCAACAUUUGACAAUGAAGAUAGUAAAACGAAAAAGAUAGCAAGAAAUGUUCUUCAAAUGGAGGUAGCCUAUGCAAGAUAUCAUCAAACCGAUUCAAAGGAUAUCAAGAAACAAUGUAUCACCAAAAUAGUAACAAAGCUGGCUGAUUUUAAGAGAGAGUUUCGAUCAGACAAUGAAGCAGUUUCACUGGUAGAGUUGAAUAUCUACCCACUCUUACGAUCACUACUGAUGAACCUACCACAAAGAGGUGUAGGUUCACCUUAUUAUACAACUCUUUAUGAAGUUGUUGUUGAUAAUCUUGCAAUGAUUGCAAAUAGAGACGAUAUAGCAGAUUGGAUUCAAAAUGAUAUACCAAUGAUGAACAAAUUAUUUACUUUAUUUAAUGAUGUUAAAUCUGUUGAUUCUGUAUUUGUUUUAUUUCAUAAUAUAUUAUUUUUAACAGAAUUUGACCUAAGAAAAAUUAAAUUAUUUAAAAUUGUUGAAAAGUUAAAUAGAUUAACUUUUUUCAUGUUUAUUAAAGUGUUGACAUCAACAUUAUUUCAACCAGAUUCAAACGAGGCACCAAAACUUAGUGAUUCAAUUACACUAAAAGCAAACCAACUACCGAUAUAUACAAUCAAUCAUUCGAUCAUUUUAGCAGUACCAUCAAUCUUGGACAAGGCAUACCAUCUUUUGGAAUAUUCCAUGAGACCAAACUUUUUCUCACCAUCCCUUAUCACAUCUCCUAGAAGUGAUGUUUAUGAUUGGGGUAAGAAAAAGAAAAAGAAAAAGAAAAAGAAAAAUGAACCACCACAUACAGGUGAACCACCUCUUUCACAAGCACAUGCUAGAAUGAUAUUAGAACAAUUAAAUUUAGAAUAUAGAGGUGAUGCUGUUGAAUUUUUAAAAGAAUAUUCUAGAGCAACCUAUCAGGCAGAUCUUAUUGUUUUCAUUUAUAGUUUGGCAAAUGGAAAUAGAAGAUAUCAUGUAUUAAAAAAAUUAAAACAAUUGGGAUUCGCUAAAUUGGCUGAAGAUAUGAUUAAAUCUCUUAAAUGGAAUGUUUCUGAAUAUGAAGAAGAAGUAAAUCCAUUCUUUAUUAGAAAAAUACAAUUAUUAAGAAUCAUAUUAUUAUUUUUCGAUAUGGAAGCCACAAGAGCACCUUUUGCAAGUAGUUGUUCAAUUAUUUCAAGACAUGAAGAGCAUUUAAUCAAUGGAGUUGAAAGAUGUCAAGAUUCUCAAUGUUUAAAGGAAAAGACAUCAAUCAUUUCAACUCUUUGGGAAUCUUAUGAAAGAGCAAAAGGAAUUGAAAAAGAAAGAUCAUUUUUAACUUGUUGUAUACAAACUGUAUUAAAAUCACCAAAUUUAAAUUUAAAUGCAUAUUUUGAAAAGAAAGGAUUAUUGAAAGGUUUGGUUAAUGAAGUAUCGAGUCCAUUGGAUCAAUAUAAAGCUUUUUAUCAAAUGAAUUUUGAUGUCCUUGGAGAAAUGAUCAAAUUUAAAUUACCUGCAUUUAUCUACCUCAACAAUCGACUGCGAGCCAAUCCACAAGAAUUUCAAGUUUUGAUGGAAAAUGUUAUGGCAAAUAUUAUAGAAACCAAUGUAUUUGUUAGGUAUCUUUCACUUUCCCUAUACCAUUUUAGUACGCAACCCAAUAUUGAAUACGAUUUUGAAAAUUGUCUCUUUAACCGUUUCUUGGAGGAAAAUAUAUUUAAAGUUAUGAAACUUUUAAUUGAUAGCUUGACAUUGGAUAAAAUUUCUGUUGAUAUUGUAGCACAAAGAAAAGGACAAUUAAAUGAUUAUAUAGCAGAGUUGAAGGUAAUGGGACAAGAAGAUUUUGUCGAUCGAAUAUUGGAAUUAUUUGAUUUAUGGAAUAGAUUCUAUUUUAAUAAUACUAGAGAUUUGGUUAGUAUUGAAACUAGUUCACAAUUUAAAUUUGAUGAAAUUCUUAAACUUCAAGUAUCUCUAAAAGUAUUAUUAAAGAAAGAAUAA